CUCUUCACUCUCUCAGGAAAACGUGAAUUCUCAGCUGUAUUUCAGAUGGAUUCAGGAAAAGAGGAUUCCCAUGGAGAUUCCAUAAGUGAAGAAACAUCUAAUACUUCACAGUCACCAGUUUCAUGUGAACCUGAUAGGGAUGAUGAUAUUUGUGGAAAACUACAGAAACCUCCUCGAAUUGGACAUGUGUAUCAGGUUGAAAUCCCUCCUUCUAUACUGGAAACUGAACCUGUUCAACCAGUGAAAGGGCUGUCUGAAGAGGGCAUCAUGGUUGAUGUUGCCGAUUCUUUUGUAGAGGCAUUACCUAUCCCAAUUAUGUGGAUUAAUAAUGUCAAUGAUAGGCGAGACGAUGCAAAUGGUUCGUUAAAUUCUAAGAACACCAAACACAUCAGAAAGUCUUCUAAUAAGGAAGUCAUAGAGACUAUGGUGAAGAGCGAAGAUAAAAUCUACUAUGCAGCUCCGGGUUGUUUGGGCAACUCAUGGACUGAUCUUGAGAAAGAGGCUUUUCUCCUUGGUUUGUAUAUAUUUGGCAAAAAUCUUGUUAUGGUGAAGAGAUUUGUCGAGAGUAAAGCAAAGGCAGAUAUAUUAUCUUUCUAUUAUGGGGAAUUUUAUAGGUCUGCUGCAUACCGCAGAUGGUCGAGCUCUCGGAAUAAGGACCGGAGAAGCAGGAGGUGUAUACAAGGACCAAAGAUGUUUAAGACUUGGAGGCAACAGAAAUUUUUGUCUUGUUUGCUUCCUCUCAUACCUGAGAAAUGUCAUGCUACUCUGGUGGAGGUCUCCAAGAAUUUCGAAGCUAGUAAUGUUUCUUUAGAAGACUACGUAUCAACUUUAAAGGCUACUAUUGGCCUGGCAGUGCUUGUAGAAGUUUUUGGUAUUGGCAAGGGAAAGCAGGAUCUCACUGGCCUAGUUACAGAUCCUGCACGAAACAAUCAGCAAGUCAUUUCUCACCCUGAAAUACCUGUUGGCAAAGGAUGUUCCACUCUUACUCUUGAUGAAAUAGUUGGGUUUUUAACGGGAGACUAUCGCUUAAGCAAAGCUCGGUCAAAUGAUCUUUUCUGGGAAGCUGUUUGGCCCCGUUUGCUUGCAAGAGGGUGGCAAUCUAAGCAGCCUAAAAAUCACAUUGGUACUAGUUCCAAAAACCCUUUGGUGUUUAUUGUGCCUGGUGUUAAAAAGUUCUCAAGAAGGAAGCUUGUGAAAGGAGACAAGUAUUUUGAUUCUGUCGCCGAUGUGCUGACUAAAGUUGCAUCAGAUCCUAGACUUAUAGAACUUGAGGAUGAACCUGGUAAAGCCAACAUAGGUAGUCCAGAAAAUGACUGUGAUAACAAGAAGAUGAAACUUGACAAAGGUGGUAGUUCUGAUCAUAAACGGAGCAUUUAUCUUCAACCGCAACUACCGGAGAGCAAUUCAGAUCUCAUGAAGUUUACAGUUGUAGAUACUAGUAUGGGAGAUGGAGAAGAUCCGUUCCUAGUUAGAGAGUUAAGAAGUUUGCCUGUUCAAACUACUGAAACAUCCUUCCCUGAAAGUCAUUCAAGUCACAGUGCAAAUGGUUUUAAAGAGUUGGCACAUGAAAAAGGUGUAGUUGACAUGUCAUUGAACUGUACAAGAGAUACUAGUACUUCCAGAUCCUCAGAGGCUAUAGCUGACAAGGAAGUGCGCUCUGACUCUUUAAAGUUUAUAAUUACUGUUUCAAAGAAAGAGAUGCAGAUCAAAGCUCCAGUUCGUGCUGAUGUAAGCUUGCGUAAUGACAUGGAUCAAAGUAGUUGUGACCCUGACAUGGACUCAAGAAAAACCAUAAAAUCUCAAUUCAGCCGGAGGAGGAAUCCUAGCCAACCAAACUGUUUGUCUCCCGUCAUCAAACGCCGGAGGUUAACUGCUUGUUGCGAAACUAAGGCAAUCUGCAGCAAAGACAGUUCCUCUAGAACUCGUGGUAUGAGAGAGGAGGAGGAUCCCCAUUUAUAUUUAGGCUCUUCUGAUUCAAGUGACAACAUGGUGUCUGAAGUAACGCAAUCCCAAGAGAAAGUAUAUUCUAGUUCUUCGGGUGAAGGCAGUCCAGAUGAGAACUUCUUUGGUAAAUAUAUCUCUCAAAAAGAAAAGUAUCCACCUCGGUUGUCAAUUGACCUGAACCUUCCACAUGUUCUGUCAAAUGUUGAAAGAGACCAGCCAUUCAUCAAAGAAGUUGAGAUCAGUCAAUCUGAUCCAAGUUUUGAGCACCCACCUUCCCCUGCUAGUAGUGAGUUGACUGGUACCGAGCAACAACUACCUGGUUUGGUUUCUCGAAGGCAGGGCACAAGAAAACGACCAUUAACAGCCAAAGCUUUAGAAGCUUUAGCUUGUGGGUUCUUAACCACAAAAAGAAAACCGAGAUAAUCUGUGCAGUCCCAAGGUGGAAAUGUUGCUCGAGAAAAGUGGUUGUUGUAAAGAAUUCAUAAGGAAAGUAUGCAAAAGAAUUGAAGUCUUCAGUAAAAGAUGUCGGACUGACAAUUCAACAGAUAAAACAGCACACGAUAAGAAGUUUUGGAAUUCAUAAAGAUGAAGAGUCUUGGCUGCAGUAAUCUGUUGUAGGUAAGUAGGAUGAUGUGAGAUCCUGCAGAAGGUGGUUAUGGCCGUUGUCUUCAAGGUCCAGAAUAGCAAGAGCACCUUCUUUUACAUUUGCUUAAAAUUAAUUGAACCUGUUUGCACCCUGGAAUAAGGAACAUGAGUAAGGUUUUUGUUGGUAUUGUGUUUCUUGGAUGUGAUGGCUUCCACCAGCGUGUUCUCCACCCCUAACACCGAGCUGAAGUCUACAAUGUACAUAUUAAAUUCUCAUUUCAGUCUCCGGACCUGCUAUUUUGCCUCAAAUUAGCACAGUAACUCAAGCCGUGAAGUUUACCAAGGGCUAAAAUUUUAAACCAAGGGUGCACGGACAGGGAACACGUUCAAGACAAGGUUAUGGGGACGAACCAAAUCUCAAAAAUCAGGCAUACGGACACGUCGAAUCUAAUCUAACUCCUUUAAAAUAUUAAGUCAUAUCAGCUCCACGUUGAUCAGAGAAUAGUGAGUUUUCGAGAGGGCCACAAUGAGCUCUCACGUUAAAUCUAGAGAGGACACUUGGCGAUACUCUAUUGGUGAUAACAUGGAGGUGACCUGGAGCAUGCUCCACAACCUACAAAGAUUUAGGGUUUUCUUAACAAUGCUUCAGCUCAUUACCUAGGUCACCAGGUGUUUUUUUCUUUUCAUGAUACAAAUACAUGCAGAGUAAUUUUGAAACGUCUCCAGAGGACAUAUACUGAAAAUUAAAAUUACCAUUUGGGGGAUCUUGAUAGUUCAUAUGUAUUUGUAUCAGUUGAUGAUCGAAGUUGUAUUUGCGCAGGUAAUUUUACUUUAGAAAUAUAUUGCACUUUCUGCAUAAAACUAUUUUCAGUGCCCAUAUGUCAAUUGGAAGCUACUGACACAUUUUGAAACGUCUCCGGAGAACAUAUACUGAAAAUUACCAUUUGGGGGAUCUUGAUAGUUCAUAUGUAUAUGUAUCAGUUGAUGAUCGAAGUUGUAUUUGCGCAGGGAAAUUUUUCUCUCAACAGACGCUACAGGACAGUUGAUUUUCCUGCAAAAAAUGAUAAUGGAAGUGUGAAAAAUUGUGAAGAUCAAGAAUAUUUGAAUAUAAAGAUGUGACAGUAAAUUGAUGGCACUAAGAACCUUGGACGGUGGUUUAGUUUAUGAAUGCUCUGAAUUGGGCCAUACCGCAGCAACGGAAGCAUCCCCUGUGGUAAAUGUUAUGCUCUCUCCCCCUCUUAUAAAAACGAUUUGUCCAUCUGAGGUUUUGAGAAUAAUAUUUUCCUAAUUAAACGAUUUGUCCAUCUGAUGAAAUCCUGACUAUAUUGUAUUAAGGUUCGAAUAUAUUAACGGGACCCAAUCUACGACUGUCAUAUCGACAAUCUAAUGUUCGAA